AUGGAAGCUUUAUUCUUUAACAUAAAUGAUGGUUACUUGGAAGGUAUUGUGAGAGGAUAUAAGAGUGGUAUACUCACUUCAAAUCACUACAUUAACUUGACGCAAUGCGAAACUCUUGACGAUCUAAAGCUUCAGUUAAGUGCUACGGAUUAUGGUAACUUUUUGGCUAAUGAGCCUUCCCCCAUUGCUACUUCAACUAUACAUGAAAAAGCGACACAGAAAUUAGUCGAUGAAUUUAAGUACGUUCGCACUUUGCAUGAACGUGAUACUCAUGAAUUGCUUGAGCGAUGUCAUCCACUUGGAGUGUUUGAUUCUAUGCCGGCAUUGUGUGUUGCAACUAAUGUAGCAGAAUUGUACGAUACUGUGUUAGUGGAGACUCCACUUGCUCCAUAUUUCAAGAAUUGUCUUUCGGCAAAUGAUCUGGAUGAAUUAAACAUUGAGAUUAUUCGUAAUACGCUUUAUAAGGCGUAUCUUGAAGAUUUUUAUAGAUAUUGCAAAAGAAUUGGUGGAGCAACGGGACAAAUGAUGAGUGAAAUUUUAGAGUUUGAAGCUGACCGUCGUACCAUUAAUAUUACGAUUAACUCUUUUGGCACAGAAUUAUCAAGGGAUGAUCGUGCAAAAUUGUUUCCUAGUCUAGGAAGAUUGUAUCCUGACGGACAUGCCAAGCUUGCAAGGGCGGAUGAACUUGAACACGUUAAGAAUGUCGUUGAGGUUUGGGUGGAAUACCGUCCCUUUUUUGAUAAUAGUCUGACAUCUUUUGGUGGUGCUGCUACAAGCGAAGCAAAGACUCUUGAUGACAGAUUCUUUGAGCAUGAAGUUCAUUUGAACAAGCUUACAUUCCAACAACAUUUUCAUUAUGCAAUAUUUUAUGCAUUUUUGAAACUUAAAGAACAAGAAAUUAGGAACAUUGUAUGGAUUGCUGAAUGUAUUGGUCAAGGACAAAAAGAGAGGAUUAGUAAUUAUAUACCCAUAUUUUAA